AUCACUUGGAAUAAAAAUUUUUUAGUUUCAAAAAACCGAAAUAAAAAAUUAUAAAUAAAAAAAUCUGCUUACUUCAGUUUUGUAAAAACUAAAUUAGUUAUAAAAUAAAAAAUAUAUAUAUUUUCUCAUCCUUGUCUCUUAUAGUUAUCUGUAAAUAGUUGCAAAAAAAAAUCCCUAAAAUUUCCAUCUCUUUUUUUUUAGAAUGGUAAAAUUUCCUUUCUUUCCUAAAAAAAAAAAAAAAAAAUUCAAAUCAAGAAAGAAAAAAGGAAUCAAACUCUAAAAAUUAAUCAACACUCUUUUUUAUUUAUUUAUUUUAUUUAUUUUUCUUUUGUAACCUUUUCCUGAUUUGUUUUUACCUUCUCACUCUACCCCCACGUCCACAAAUUAUGCACUCUGUGUGUGUCCCCCCUUCUGUAGCUCCUCAAGUGUCAUUUUCUCACAUAUACUUCACACAAGAGAUACAACCAUUCACUUCAUACCUUGUCAUUUCCUCUCUCUCUCUCUCUCUCAAAUCUCUGCAACCACUCCCUCGACUGAUCAUCAAAUGAAGGGAAAACCCAUAAAUCUCUCACCGAAGAAUUCAAAACUCAGACCAUCAAAACUCCCCAACAAGAAGGCUUUUCUCUGAUCCUUGAUAAAUCGUAGUACCUACUAUUAAUCAACCAAAUAAGUACAAGAAAAACCUAGAAGAAGAAGAAGAAGAAUAGAGGGCUUGUUCGGUUGGAGAAUUAAUAUGGAGCUUUUCCCAGCACAACCAGACCUAUCUCUACAAAUCAGCCCUCCAAACACCAAACCCACAUCAGGUUGGAGCAGAACAGAAGGAGAGAUGGAUUCGGUUUCUUGGAACUCCAGAAACUCCAUCUCUUCAAUGCCCGAACCCGAUUCUUAUCCGACAAAUCCGAGAUCUUUCAAUCCAAGCUCCAACCAUUUUCACCUCCUUCACAAUGACACCACCAAUCUUAACCUUAUCCACUACCAACAUCAACAUCAUCAACAACAAAAAGAACAUCAUCGUCAAGGGCUUAUUAGUCCAGAGCUCGCUUUCUUGAGACCCAUCAAAGGAAUUCCAGUUUACCAAAACCCUCCACUACCCUUCACAUUUUCUCAUCAACAGCCUAAAGACACAACUACUUUAUCAUCUUCUUCCUCUGCUGCUGCUACUCACUUCCACUACUCCCAAGGGUUAAUGAGAUCAAGGAUUUUGCCACGGUUUCCGGCCAAACGGAGCAUGAGAGCGCCUCGGAUGCGGUGGACUACUACCCUCCAUGCUCGCUUUGUUCAUGCCGUUGAGCUCUUGGGUGGCCAUGAAAGAGCGACACCCAAGUCGGUUCUUGAGCUCAUGGAUGUGAAAGAUCUCACCUUGGCACAUGUUAAGUCCCAUUUACAGAUGUAUCGGACGGUAAAAACCACUGAUCAUAGAGCUGCAGCUUCUCCUGGACAAUCAGACGUUUUUGAUAAUGGGUCAUCCGGAGAUAAUUCUGAGGAUUCAAUGUUUGAUAUUGAGAACCCUAGAAGGCCUGAGCUACCAAUUCAACAUGGAAGCAGAUCAAAUGUGCCUCAAGACAAUGUCUCUCAUGGCCUUUUGAGCAACCCUUCAAGCAGGGAGGCUUGGUUCCAUGACCAUCCCAAUAAACCAAGGGAUUUUCAAGGACACUUACCAUCUUUUGAGAAAGACAUGGAACAAAAGUGCCUAAGCUAUGAGAGAAUAUCAGAUAUAAGCUCACCAAAAUGUUCAGGGAUAAGCCCAAAGAAGCCCAAUUUGGAGUUCACCUUGGGAAGGUCACAGUAAUAUCUCAAAAGGGUACUACUUACUCAUUUUGAAAUCAUUAUAUAUAUAUAUAUAUAUAAGAAGGGAUGCUGGUGAAGAGAAUCAGGUACCCCACUGGGAAAAUCAAAGAGAAAAGAAAAGUGUGUAAGAAAAGAAAGGAGAAAAAGAAAAGAGAGAACUAAAGAAAGACAAGGAGGACAAGAAAGAAAGAAAGCAACAAAAGGGAGAAUGGUGGAAAAAAGAAUGUCCUAUCUAUCUAUCAAACUGUGAGAUUUUAGUAUGAAAUCCAAUUGAUUUUGUAUGUUCUGCACCUAGAGAGAGAGAGAGAAAGAGAGAGAGAGUCUUUACUCUUUAGGCUUUAUCCAUCUUAAAGUAUGAAGUGAUCCUUGGUAAUUGUAAUAGGGGCACUUACAUUUAACAAAGGAAUAGUAUAUCUUUUCCCAAACAAA